AUGGUAAAGCAAGAAGGCAAUCCGAUUGCGACACUAUUUGAUCUUCCACUUAGUGACAGCACAUCAGCAGAAGUGACACGAACUCAUUAUGAAGGCCACUUGGGCCGAAUAGCGCGAUCAAUGUUGGAAGAUUACGAUCUUGUCAUGGGCGGUAAACGCUACACAAUGCUUGAAGUCGAAGCUUACUUGACCGCACCAAACCAUGGACACGCAGACCCUUAUUGUCACGGUCAUCCACGCCAAAAACGAGCUGGCUAUUGGUUUUUUCAUAUGGCAGGCAUGUCUGACUCGUUUCGAGGAGGAUCGCGCAAAGGUGUGGAUAUCACGGUUGGGAACCCUGACCAUGACAGUGCCGGCGGGAUGCUGAUUCGAGCUGUACUCAAUCAAUCGACUGGCUCCGUGAUAGAAGGUCCGAGCUUACUCGUCGACGAAAUUCUUCGCGUCUGCAAGCAUAAGGAUCUGAAAAGCCUCACAAAAGCACCAUGGUCUGGACAAUGCUGGUCUGAUAAAAGCCUAUUUUACCUAGAGAAGAAACCAUCCCCGACUAAACGACAAAAAGUCGAACGCAAGGUGUACUCAUCGUGUCGCGUCGGGCUGGGUCUGGGCAAUCGUUUACCAUCCAUCGAAGCACGACUUUUAUUUGUGGGCCGGCCCUACAGAUUCGUGAUGCAACCAUGGCUACUGAAAAAAGGCCGUAUAUGGACGGUGUUUGGCAUGUUUGAACAAUCCAUGACAAAUGAAGAAAUCGUCGAGUUGACCAAAGUCAAAGAGGGUUUAUUGCCGAAAUACAAGAGCGAAUAUGACGCAGGCGAAGAAGCGCCCGAGGAUACCAUCAGGGAAUGUUUGAAUGGCAAGGAUAUCGUGAGCGGGAGUGCGAAUUGGAAGAUGCGUGUGAUGAGCGCCGUUCGGUGGUGGGAAUGUCAUGCCAAGGAAGGAGAAAAGUUCAGAUGGGAAGAAUAG